AUGAAAUUAUUCAUUGCAGCAUCCAAGUUGGCGUCGUCAUCGGGACCUCAGUUGCCGGCGCCUCAUCGCAUUCGCCCUCCUGGGCUGCGAAAAUCAACCGCUGUCAGCGAAGAAACGAUGGAUGAGGAGACCGGAUCGCCGAAUGCUGAUAACCCUACGCCUAGUGAUUCUUCGGCCGUGGCUCUCAGCUCUAACCUUUCGAUCCAUACCACCACAUUAACUGCUACCUCAAGUAGCUAUGUGAACUCAAUUGGUGGGGUCACUUCCAGUUGGGAUGGCAGUAAUCUAGUGGUUGGGGGGCAACGAGGAAUUCCUGCUAGUAAUUUAAUGGCUGCAGUUCUUGCAACGUCAUCCGGAACGUCGCUAGGUCGACGUCAAGUCAGCCCUUCAGCAAUAAAUCUAGCAAAUUCACAGUCUUGCUCGUCUCCUUCCAGCUCGGCAUCUACCCAACAAUCGUUGCUAUCUAUAUCACCACAGAUUCCACAACCCACUGCUACAAUUCAUUGUACUAAAAGUGAGCCGUUAGCUGGAGAUGAUACACUACCUGGCAGUAAUCCUACUCUACAUCAUGCUCAUCAUCAUUCUAAUAGAUCAGUUAGUACUGUUCACGCUAAUUCGGUCCCACAGAUGAAGAUUUCAAAGUUACAUGAUCUGGCUGCAAUGUCGACGGUGCGCAGUUGCGAUGCCAUCUUAACCGACGAUGCGGCCAGUAGUUCGCUAUUUGAGCCAGCACAUUCCUCUGCUAGGCAUCAGGUCUCAACAGAUUCUUCGUCAUCGACGAAUUCAACGAGUUCUCGUGACACUGGCGUCACUUUACCGCUGAAUAGUCAGCUAAUGCCUCCAAAAGCAGUGAUUCAAGAUGACAUCCGCAUGAAGUUGGGACGUUUCGAACUCGUCAAAAAGAAGGGUCGUUCGGAAGUUUGGAAUCUCUUCGGGCAGGUUCUCGAUACGACAACUGGUGCACGUUUACCGUAUGUAGCGUGUUAUGCAUGCAAGGUGCUUUAUACGGAUACUGGUGGUGGCACUGGAAAUAUGACUCGACAUCGUUGCCCACUUGGCACCAGCUAUAAGGACAGUAGUAUCGGUUCCUCAACUGAAACCAAUCCGGACCUUUCAUCGCAGCAGUCGUUCGAAACGGCUGUAUCUGCCGGUGGCCAACUCUCACCUGAGGCUGCGUCUGGAUAUCAAAGGGAAUCUCCCGCCCCAGGACAAUCACAUGUCAGCUUAACGGCGCAAUCCUCGUUCGAGUCAUCGCCGCCAUUUUCAGAUUUUGAUCGACGUUUGUUCUGUGCGGCAGUCGUCCGAUGUUGUGCCACCGAUCUGCUGCCUCCUGUAGUUUUUCAGGAUCGACGUGAUCUGAUCAAUUGUGAAAAUUUGCAUGCGAAGUGUGUUGGGGCACGAGAUUGGGCACGCUGUCAGAUUCCAGGUGACGGACUACGUUCAGUAAUCGAAACCGCGAUAGCCAUAGGCCGGAGAUGUCGAUUGGCUGACAGGCAGUCUCUUAGCACUCUCAUCCCGGACACUCUAACGUUGCAACAGUUGAUCGAUAACAGCAGUAAAUCAGUGCUGUCUGAAUUGAAGCUAGAAGUAGGUUGCACAGCGCGAGCAACGGGUUUAUCGUUGUCGGUGGAAGGAGUGACUGGAGACGACCGGCUUGCCGUUGUGUCGGCCAAUUAUGUUGGUGCGGAUUGGAGGUUGAAGCGACGAAUUAUUAGCGUUGAAAGGCGGGAUCAGCUGCAAAAUGGCAUGGAUCAGAUAAUAGGAGAGUGUGCAAGUGGAGCGUUGCAUUUAACGAUCGUAACUGAGCAACCGUUGCUCAAUUUCGAUUCAUCGGCACGUACAUCGAUUUGCAUAUGUGCAACACUCAACAAUAUUGUUGAUGAGAUAUUCACGGAUGCCACUGAUGAGAAGCAUAAUGUUGCAGAAGUGAUUUCGUCUUGUCAGAAAAUGGCGUCAACAUUCGAGAAGAUGGGACUCGAGCGAAGGACAGAAGUGAUUUGUGAGAGUCGUUGUGGUCAUAUUGACUACCUCUUCUAUGUUUAUGAGUUAUUGAAAUUCGUUCGUGAAUAUGUGAUUGCGCUAAUCCAUCCGAUAGAGUGGUCAUUUGUGGAUGAUAUCCGCAGGUAUCUGGAACCGUUUCAUGUUAUGGCUUCAAUUUUUAGUCAAAAAGCGGUGAUCAAUUACCAUAUGGUUCUGCCCGAAUGGUUUGCACUGAUCCACGAAUUUUCUGGUGAAGACGAAGAUUCGUCAGCAGCAAAUUUUGAAACAUCCUCAGCCAAUUCCUCUCAGUCAUCGUGCUCAUCUUCGAAAUGGUUAUCGAGCGUUCGGAAGGCAACUGAAGACAAACUUCGCUCGCUGACCAGCUCGACGAUUUCAGUUGAACAUCGGAUGGCAACCGUGUUGAAUCCACGUCUAAAACAUUUGCCAGUCAUUUGUAAUGACUUACAAAGGAUUGAAGCUUAUACAAAAAUUCGCUCGAUGAUUGGCUUAUGGGAAACGAGAGCAAUAGUACCGAGAAGUGAAGAUCCAAUUGGGUCAGAAGCAGUGGAAGGUGAACCACCCAGAAAGCGAAUCUCCUUCUUGUCGUCGCUCGAAGAUCGCGCGAUGAUUGACGAUGAAUUAGAAUGCUAUCUCCGUUCGCAGUUCCCAGCUAUACAAACUAAAGAUGUUCUGCAAUUUUGGUCGACUCUCGGUCAGUCGCAAUUUCCGAAUUUAGCACAUUUGGCGCGAUAUCUGUUGUCGAUACCGUCGGCGUGUUGUCAGCAUCGAAGUCAAAGUAAUGUCACACUUCCCACCGACUCGCUGACAAGCCUUCUCAUUCUGCGAUCUUCAUAUGCACACGCCACUCAUUUACCCGAUGCAUUCUCAAUAUCAACCUCAGUACUUUCUGCGGCAAAAUCUACUGCUUCCAGUACAUCCAAAGUUGAUAGUUGA